AUUACAAGUGCUAAGACUGCGGUCUCGGUAUAGUUUCUUUUUAAAUUCUCGAGGUCUGACGAACUUAGUAUUCUUUGCUUAAGAAUGUCCACUGUAUUGCUGAAGCAUCCAGUUCAGGAAGUGGAAAGCUUUUUACAUCGUUUUUAUUUUAAUGUUCUUUACCGUAGUUUUAAACUAGAAUCUACGGAUUUCGUGGAAGUAGUAAAAAAAUCGCUGAGAGGCAAAUGCGAUAGGUCCCACAACUUAAACCUAGACUAUAUCUCUAGAGUCCAUUAUAAGGAAGCUGACCACCGAUGUGCUUAUAUGUACGAAUUUUCAGUUUUACAUUCUGCUGUUGUUAUUCACCACUUUCUUCAACUUCUGAAAUAUGAAGAAAACCUCAUCGAACGUCUAGUAUCUUCGGAGUCAUUCGAGAUAUGUUGUUUAGGUGGUCGAUCAAUUCCUGAAGCAGUUGGAAUUUGCAAAAUUGUCAGUGAUAUACUAGAAAAGCACGAAGAACAAAGAUCGUCACCUCUGGUUUUGAAAAUUAGAGUUGUCAAUUUGUGUAAAGGAUGGAGUACUGAUAUUUGGAAACUGCAGAAACUUCUAAGGAAAGAUCCCGACCUGUGCAAUCCUAAAAAAAUAAAAUUAACCUUCCAAUUCUUAGAAGGUGAUUUGACUAAAUUUCAUUCUGAACGUAUCAUUAAUGCUAUUCGAAAGUCUGAUUUGAUUACCAUAGUGAAAUUUAUUUCAGAGUUGAUUUUGCCUACUAAGGCUGAAUCACCAAAUAAGACUCUUGUUCGUUCAGUGAUAAAAGAAAUUUUUAGAAACAUGAAAGAGGAAUCUUACUUAUUUUUUCUGGAUAACAGUGAAGGUGGAUAUUCUGACAUAGUAGAGAAAGGAGCUCAAUUGUAUAGUAACUUCAAACUGAAACAAGCCCUUUUGCGUGAAGUCUAUACAUUGGACAUAGAUUCUCUACGGCAUGAAACCGAAUAUUUAUAUCAUACCUUUGAAAAGCUAUGUAAGACUCACAUUAUUGUAUCCAGCGGAACUUGGAAGAAGGUGAAGCUAACUAGAGAUACUCCGAGUUGUGCAAAACUUCCACAAUCAAAAAUUCGUCCAUCAAGUAAUAGUAAUAUUGAAGAUAUUUUGAAGAAACAGGACCAAAACUUGAUAAAAGCUCAUUAGUUAGAAAUCCAAGACUUGAUAAAUAGUUUCAACAAUAUUGAAAACUGAGAUUUUGCUUUUAAAAUUUUUAACCGAUUUAAUAAUCCCGAAAGUCAUCUAAACUUUACAGUCAUUUAAUGUCACUAAGCUGAACAUUACAUUCUUGUAAAUAUUGGAAGGCGUACAGAAUAAAAUUUCCUGUAAUUUUGUAAAAAA